CUAAAAUGGCCGAAAGGAAGCAACUGUUCACGUGUUUUUUGUUGUGUUUGAAUUAAAUGUUUUGCUUUCUGAUGAACUUAAAUGCUGGCAGACCUAUGAAACUAUAAAUCUUAACUAUUAACCAUUGAUGUAUUGGAUUUUUAAGGGGAAAGCUGUUUCGCCAUGAGUGAUGACGAUUUUGAUGAAGAAACUUUUGCUGCUUAUGAAAAUGAACUCUAUGGUGAAAAGAGAGACAGUGAUAGCGAUGUAGAAAGUGAGGUCGAAGAUGCACUUUAUAGUCAAGUCCACCAUUCAUUCUCACUGCCUGAUCAUGAAGAUAAUCCCGAAGAUGAAAAAGAUGAAUCAGAACCUGGAAGUGCAGUUCAAGAGAGCAGCAUUGUAGACAGUGGAAAACCAUCAAUAAUCAUUAUUUCAGAUGAUGAUGAUGAUGGCAAUGGUGUCAACACUACCAAUAUUUAUUAUGUUAUCGAUGAUGUAUCUCAAAAUGAAUUGGAAGAGAGCAGUCCUGAACAUUCUCAAGAAAACUGGGAUUUGAUUGACAAAGAUAUGGAGGAUGAAAUCAAAGGCAAACGUGGAGCUGCGCGAUAUUAUGCUCCUAAUACUGGUAACCCUCACAAAAGAUGCCGCAACUGUAAUGAGAAAGGACAUCUGGCAAGGGAUUGUCCGAUACCUAAGAAAAUCUCCUGUGUCUUGUGUGGUACACCAGGACAUAUCAGAACAAGAUGUCCAAACCAGUUAUGCUUUAACUGCUUCCAGCCAGGACAUCGCUCGUUUGAGUGUCAAGAGUUUCGUGUGCGCUGGACGGACCAAUGUCGCAGGUGCUAUCAGAAUGGUCAUCAUAGCAAUACAUGUGCUGAUAUCUGGAGACAGUAUCAUCGAACUACAGUUGCGGGAAUCCCCCCUGUUCGUGCUGAGAAACCUAAAGACUCUACCAGACCAGUGUAUUGCUAUAACUGUUCUGCUAGUGGACACUAUGGAUAUGAAUGCCCAGAGGAGCGUCCGUUGGAGAGCGUAUCCUUCUCAACUGUUCAGUACAUUGUCAGAUAUGAUGGACACUUAGAUCGCCCCUUCGUCAAGACUCCUAGAAUUGAUGAUCAAAAUAGAACACAUGAUCGACACAAAGAAUCCAGAAAUAAAGCAGUUGAUCGGGACAAAGAAUACAGAGAUGGAACAUUUGAUCGAGACAAAGAAUACAGAAAUAGAACAGUUGAUCGAGAAAAAGAAUACAUAAAUAGAUCAGUUGAUCGAGAAAAAGAAUUCAGAAAUAGAACAGUUGAUCGUGAACAAGAAGAAUACAGAACGAGAACACACGACAGAACUCCUUCCUAUAAUCAAGAUAUUGAAGAUUAUUGUAGAACACUUAAUCGAGAAAAAGAAGAUUUCAGAAAUAGAACACAUGAUCGAGACAAUGAAAGAACUCCUUCAAAAGAAAGCAGAAAAAGAAUACAUGAUMAGGAUGAGGAUUCCACAAUAGAACACAGCAAACGGAGAAAGUCUUGGCCAAGUAAAUGGCGUCCAAAAGGUGAAGGGUAUUGUGACUAUAUAGCAGGGCGUGUGAAGGACGGCAGUAUUGCUAGAGGUACUGGRAUCGUAGAGAAUGAAAUCGAAUUUGGAGAUUUUCGUAUUGAGGACGUGGAGGUUCCACCUAUUGGUUUUCGCAUAGAUGAUAUGCCUCAGCAAGGUUCAAAAAAGAAAAAGAGGAAGAAGAAAAAGACCCACACUGAAGAAUUGCCGUUUCUUGUUACCUUUGAAUCAAGAAAAGAAAGGAAAAGGAAAGGAUGGAAGAACAAUGAAACGCGAACUGUGGAAUACUGCAACAACCAAUCUCURCAGGAUCAGCCAAGUGCUUCUCGGACAGUUGAGCUCAUUAAUCCAAGAAAAGGAAGGGUAUCUGACAGUCUAAUGAGAAUAGUGGAUGACUGGGAAAAAAUAAAUGAAAAACAGGCUAAAGGAAACCACAAAUCAUCACACGAAACAAGUACAAAGCACAUGAAACAACAUACUUUAUCCAUGCCUUCUCGACAACAACAUACCUGGUUACCAGCCUCCAUUAAAGACCACCAAAGGCCAGUCCCAGGCUACUCUCGACAGAAAGACUCCUCAUCAGGCCAAAACGUUCACAAAAGAAGCAAUGAUUUCAGAAAUCCAAAACCGAACUUUAUGCAUGACUUCCAAGGCAACAAAUGGCCGAACAAGAAGGCAAAUCAAUCAGGGAGAGGAUUUCGCUCCAAAAAGAAAUAUUACACUUUGUAAUGGUCAAUUUUAUAAUAAAUUUUUAUGAAGUUCUUUCAGA